CGAACUACGCUUCGCGGGCUCAUACAGUUCAGCCGCUGACAGAAGUCUUUGCGGUAGCAGGUCGGCCUAGGAGGAAUUCCAGCAGCUAGCUGAGCGUUCGUCCACGUGCCGGGCAAGACUUCAAGUUCAAGUUACUCCCUGGAUAAGCGUUCUAGCCCGCGUAUUGGAGCACAGCCCGCGGGGUGUUCUGGAAGCAGGAAUAUCGCUGAGGAACGGCGGCGCGAGCAGAGCAGAGGGAAAGUAGAGCAACAGUGAAGUAAGAGGAGGAGAGCGGGAGGGUGGGAGAAACGGAGGGACGGACUUAGCCGAGCCGAGCCGAGCCGAGCCGAGCUCACGAGUCCUAGUGCCUCUCGGAAGGUAGGCGCGCGCGCUUGUGUACGAAACGCAGCGCCUGAACGCGACGAAUUGCGCGCUUAGCGUGAGCGAGGCGCGCGGCUCUUCCCGGAGCCAGUCAGCGAGGGAGUUUGCUGCAGUUUGAAGCGUCACGCGGCUCUUAACCACUUUGACCGCGGACGGGAGAGCUGUGACUGUGAAUGUGGCGAGUUGUUUGUACCGCUUAAAGCUCGCUGACUGUUGGUGCUGAAGCGGCGGAUUAGGGGGCCGGGGAAACAAGGCUAAGGUGGGGCAGAAGAGAGUGAAACGGGGCUGAGCCCUCACUUAUCUGCCCCCCUCCCUCCGCCCCCACCUUCUCUCUCUCUCUCUCUCUCUCUCUCUCUCUCUCUCUCUCUCUCUCUCUCUCCCCAACUGAAUCACUCCCACGGAGCUUUUUGGGAGAAGAAGAAGGAAAAGCAAUCAUUUUCCGCUCGUUGGAAUCUGGAGAGCGCUCAGAGCGUCUGCGGGAGAUUUCUGCCUCACUCUCGGCUCACAAAACUAGCUCCACCAGUGGCCGUAAUCCUUUGGUAUUUACCGUUGUGGACACAUCUUGCUUUCUUUCGGGGAGUGAAUUCCCCCGUGGUGUUGUUGGACCAUGGCCGACGACGACGUGCUCUUUGAAGAUGUUUACGAGCUGUGCGAGGUCAUUGGAAAGGGGCCGUUCAGCGUGGUGAGGAGAUGCAUCAACCGAGAGACAGGCCAACAGUUUGCAGUGAAGAUUGUAGAUGUGGCCAAGUUUACCUCCAGCCCUGGCCUCAGCACAGAAGAUCUGAAGAGAGAGGCCAGUAUUUGUCACAUGCUGAAGCAUCCCCAUAUUGUGGAGUUGCUGGAGACCUACAGUUCAGAUGGCAUGCUCUACAUGGUCUUUGAGUUUAUGGAUGGAGCAGACCUUUGUUUUGAGAUAGUGAAGAGAGCAGAUGCCGGGUUUGUCUACAGUGAGGCUGUAGCGAGUCACUACAUGAGACAGAUCCUUGAGGCACUGCGGUACUGCCAUGACAACAAUGUCAUUCACCGUGAUGUAAAGCCCCACUGUGUGUUGUUGGCAUCUAAGGAGAAUUCAGCUCCAGUGAAGCUGGGAGGCUUUGGAGUUGCAAUCCAGCUUGGAGAGUCAGGACUCGUGGCAGGAGGCCGGGUAGGAACCCCUCACUUUAUGGCUCCUGAGGUGGUGAAGAGGGAACCAUAUGGGAAGCCAGUAGACGUGUGGGGCUGCGGAGUCAUCCUAUUCAUCCUGCUCAGUGGCUGCCUGCCCUUCUAUGGCACGAAAGAGCGCCUGUUUGAGGGCAUUAUUAAGGGCAAAUACAAGAUGAACCCCCGGCAGUGGAGUCACAUCUCCGAAAGUGCUAAAGAUUUGGUGCGGCGCAUGCUGAUGCUGGACCCAGCUGAGAGGAUCACUGUGUACGAGGCUCUCAACCAUCCUUGGCUCAAGGAGAGAGACCGCUAUGCCUACAAGAUCCACCUGCCUGAGACGGUGGAACAGUUGAGGAAGUUCAAUGCCCGGAGAAAACUGAAAGGUGCUGUUCUAGCAGCAGUCUCCAGCCACAAGUUCAACUCCUUCUAUGGUGACCCACCAGAGGAGCUGGCUGACUUCACUGAAGAUCCCACCUCAUCUGGCCUCACCCCAGGACUGCUAGCGGCAGAAAGGGCUGUAUCACAGGUACUGGACAGUUUGGAGGAGAUUCAUGCACUCACAGACUGCAGUGAGAAAGAUCUUGACUUUCUGCACAGCGUCUUUCAGGACCAGCAUCUCCACACGCUGCUAGAUCUGUAUGACAAGAUAAACACCAAGUCCUCCCCACAGAUCAGGAAUCCUCCAAGCGACGCUGUUCAGAGAGCCAAAGAGAAGUCCGGUGAAGACGAGGCAGGCACAGCUUUGAAACUUCUGGAAUGUGUACUAGAAGAAAUAUCCUGCUACCCAGAGAACACGGAUGCUAAAGAGCUCAGACGGAUCCUAACCCAGCCCCAUUUUAUGGCCUUACUCCAGACUCAUGAUGUGGUGGCACAUGAAGUGUAUAGUGAUGAGGCACUGAGGGUCACGCCCCCGCCCACCUCGCCCUACCUGAACGGAGACUCACCGGAGAGCACCAACGGAGACAUGGACCUGGAGAACGUCACACGAGUACGCUUGGUGCAGUUCCAGAAGAACACAGACGAGCCUAUGGGUAUCACACUGAAGAUGAAUGACCUGAACCACUGCAUCGUGGCCAGAAUAAUGCACGGUGGCAUGAUACAUAGACAAGGCACGUUGCAUGUUGGAGAUGAGAUCCGGGAAAUCAACGGCAUAAGCGUAGCUAAUCAGACGGUGGAGCAGCUCCAGAAAAUGCUUCGAGAGAUGAGAGGCAGCAUUACCUUUAAGAUUGUGCCAAGUUACCGGACGCAACAGUCAUCCUGCGAGAAAGAGUCCCCUACCAUCUCCAGACAGUCCCCUGCUAAUGGCCAUUCCAGCAUUAACAGUUCUAUCUUGGACUUGCCGUCAACCAUCCAACCAAAAGGACGUCAGAUCUACGUGCGGGCGCAAUUUGAGUACGAUCCAGUGAAAGACGACCUUAUCCCCUGCAAAGAAGCAGGAAUUCGCUUCAGAGUGGGAGACAUCAUCCAGAUCAUCAACAAGGAUGACCAUAACUGGUGGCAGGGCAGGUUGGAGAAUGCAAAAAAUGGCACAGCUGGCCUCAUUCCCUCACCAGAACUGCAGGAGUGGCGGGUUGCCUGUAUAGCAAUGGAGAAAACAAAGCAGGAACAGCAAGCCAGCUGCACUUGGUUUGGCAAGAAAAAGAAGCAGUACAAAGACAAGUAUCUAGCCAAGCACAAUGCAGUGUUUGAUCAACUAGAUCUCGUCACGUAUGAGGAGGUAGUGAAGUUGCCAGCUUUCAAGAGGAAAACACUAGUGUUGUUAGGAGCUCAUGGUGUUGGCAGGAGACACAUCAAGAACACACUCAUCACCAAACAUCCCGACAGAUUUGCCUACCCCAUUCCACACACGACCAGACCUCCUAAGAAAGAUGAGGAAAAUGGCAAGAACUAUUACUUUGUAUCACAUGACCAAAUGAUGCAGGACAUCGCCAACAAUGACUACCUGGAGUAUGGCAGCCAUGAGGACGCCAUGUACGGCACCCGGCUGGAGACGAUACGCAAAAUCCACGAGCAGGGCCUCAUAUCCAUACUGGAUGUGGAGCCACAGGCCCUGAAGGUCUUGCGGACAGCAGAAUUCGCCCCUUACGUGGUUUUCAUAGCUGCGCCAACCAUCACCCCAGGCAUGAAUGAGGAUGAGUCACUCCAGCGGCUGCAGAAAGAGUCUGAGAUCCUCCAGAAGACCUACGCACACUACUUCGACCUGACCAUCAUCAACAAUGAGAUAGACGAGACAAUCCGGCACCUGGAGGAGGCGAUAGACCUAGUGUGCACCACGGCCCAGUGGGUGCCCGUGUCCUGGGUCUACUAGCACACCCCUAAACUGUCCCACAGUCUACAUGCCCAGCUCCAGUCUCUCUGCCAUGCAUUUCUGCGCAAAAGAAAAUAAAAUAAAAGGACAAAGCGUCAUUCCUUGAGGCGAGAAAAACCCCGCCUCCAAUUUUUCAGCAAACCUCGGUGUACAUGACCUUAAGUCAGUCCAAUCUCAGCCCCCUUAGACGUAACAUUGUAUUAAAAAAAAGAUGAUAAAAUCCUGAAUAUUGUCAUGUCCUUAUAGAUAGGAUGCAACAUUUUGUAGACUUUUCAUUUAAAGAGACAGUAUCUUAAACACUGUUUUUGUUUAUUGCUUGUUUUUUUCUUUGUUUUCCUCUCCCCUGUCUAAAUACAUGUUUCCUACUCUACAAGUGCCGGGUUCUGCUCGGAGUAAACGCAGACAGCAGCAGCGUCCUAGAAGAAUUUUAUCCAUCAUUAGCCUGUACGCUUCCAUUAUGUCAGCCCUCACACAAAAUCUCAUUAUCUUUUCCACACGGCCCAUUUGUUUCAGUGCACUGUCUCUAAACCACCUUCAGAUGAGUCACCCAGAUACUGUCUCUCUAAAAACAAAGAAGUACAUAAAUGUUUUUAGAUCUGAGGUCUCAUGCAUGUGAACAUUUCAGCAUUCAGAGGCUUUUAGAUGCUGUCAGUGUUACCAGUGUCAGACUACUGUUAUCCACAGCAGAGAACAUUCCAUUUGUCUGGACAAACUCUCUCCGGUCCGGGCUAUCCAGCGGAGAGGGAAAAAAACAAAAAAUGCACCUAUGCACAUCCUAUCGGGCAUCUUUCUAAACGACAUCUUUUUACCAGCCAUGAAGUGAGCUGUAUUAAUGGUCUCGGUUUAACUUGUGAGAUCAACAGGGGGGAAAAAAAGUACAAAAACAAAUAUAUUCUGGUUUUGCCAUUUCAGAAAUGUGUUGUCAGAGAGUAUUAAUGUCGAAUCAAAAGAAGAAAAAAAGAUUUUUAUUCUGUGUCUAACUGUUUCAGAUAGAGGUGCACUCAAACUCAUUUUUGCAAAAUGAACUGUGCAGCAAACGAAUCCCCGGUUUGUGCAUCUGAAUGAUUCUGUACUUGACAAACUGUUUACUCUCAGACUGCCCUGUGUAAAUUCCUCUGCUGACGGCUGACCGGCUCUUCAGUAUGAACAGUUUUUUAAAUAUAUUUCCUUUUCUGUGGUGAAGAA